CAACCCGCCUCCGCCAUGCACGGCCGCCGCCGCCUCGCCGCCGCCCUGGCGAGGACCCUAUCCCAGGCCCUCGCCCGCUCCCGCGCCAUCUCCUCCACCCCGUCCCUCCUCCAAACCCUCGACCCGACCCCGCAGUCGCCUCCCGCGCCCGCGGCGGGGCGGCUCGCGGAGAUGCGGCGGCGGCUGCAGGCGGAGACGCCGUCGCUGGGGGACUUCGCGUACUCGGUGGAGGUGGGCACGCGGAAGAAGCCGCUGCCCAAGCCCAAGUGGAUGAAGGAGACCAUCCCCGGCGGGGCCAAGUACGCCGCCAUCAAGGCCAAGCUGCGGGAGCUCAAGCUGCACACCGUCUGCGAGGAGGCGCGCUGCCCCAACCUCGGCGAGUGCUGGUCCGGCGGCGAGACCGGCACCGCCACUGCCACCAUCAUGAUCCUCGGCGACACCUGCACGCGCGGAUGCAGAUUUUGCAAUGUCAAGACAUCAAGAACGCCUCCUCCACCAGAUCCUGAUGAACCUUCCAAUGUUGCGCAAGCUAUUGCCUCAUGGGGCCUUGAAUAUAUAGUCAUUACAAGUGUGGACCGUGAUGAUUUACCUGAUCAGGGGAGUGGCCAUUUUGCUGAAACAGUACAGAGGCUGAAGACUUUGAAGCCGGAUAUGCUAAUUGAAGCGCUCGUACCUGAUUUCCGUGGAGAUCGAAGCUGUGUAGAGAAGGUUGCAACGUCUGGGUUGCAUGUUUUCGCACACAAUAUUGAAACGGUGGAAGAGCUUCAGAGAGAUGUGCGAGAUCACCGUGCGAAUUUUAAGCAAUCAAUAGAUGUUCUAAAAAUGGCAAAGGAGUAUGCCCCUGCUGGCACCCUCACAAAGACAUCAGUCAUGCUGGGUUGUGGGGAGACCCCUGAUCAGGUUAUAAGCACAAUGGAAAAGGUGAGAGCUGCUGGCGUUGAUGUUAUUACAUUUGGUCAGUACAUGAGGCCGUCAAAGCGUCAUAUGCCGGUGUCUGAGUAUGUUACACCCGAAGCCUUCGAGAAUUACCGAGCCCUUGGGGUUGAAAUGGGAUUCCGAUAUGUUGCAUCUGGCCCAAUGGUUCGGUCCUCAUACAAAGCCGGCGAAUUCUACAUUAAAGCUAUGAUUGAAGAUGACAGAGUAAAAUCAGGUGCUGUUGCCGACUCAAGUUCAUAGUUGACAUACCUCCAUUCCUUGACAUGGCUACGUUGCAAAUAAGAUGUUCUAAUCGGAGAAACAUGUUUAUUUUUUUACAUCUUGUCAAUGUCAUUCUUUUCGAAAGAAUAAAUGUAUCUGCUCCUUUACUUGUACCAUCACUACAUUUCUCCAUACCCUCCUUUGUAUGUGGCCAAAAUCAUUCAUUGUAACAGUAGCAGGCAUAGAUUCCGUCAAUGUACCUACUGAAUGUUUGAGGCCAUUAUGACGCCUCAUCUGCUGUGCUUGUA